AUGCUAUUUGCUACCACAGUCAUCGCCAUCGUAUCAUGCGCAAGCGUCCUGACGCUCGCAUCACCGACGUCGUCGGCCGACAAUGCUCUCGAGAGACGAUCGUGUCCUGAAAGCGACGUUGCCCACCUUCAAAUCACGGAUAGCAGAACGUCGCUCGAUGUGGACCUGACAUGGUGCAGUGCUUGGGCUCCGUCUCCGCAGGGCAACUUUGUCAACUUUGCUGCCUCAACGCCCAAGACUGUCUUCAAGUUUAUGAAGGCUGGAAAGACUAUACCCCACGGCAAACCUUUCGAUGAAUACUCUAUCAAAGGAGAGACUGCGCCGAAUAAGCCUUUCUCGUACCUGCUCUCGUAUAUCUACCAAGGCCAAACGGUCGAGGAAGUUUUCCUGGUCGUGUUCCAGCAGGACAAAACUCCUACGCUAGUCGACUACACGUUCACGCUCGGUGGAGCAGUGCGUCCGCACUUCAAGCUUCCUAAGUCGUGA